UUCCCUAUCUGGUAUAUAAGACGCAGGCAGAGAAAAUGGUAACGCAUUAUUUCAGAACUUCAUAUAAACAUACAUUCUCGUUAUUUGAAGUUCCAGUUCGGCCAUGAAUCCUGGAAAUUUUGAGGAGGAGCUGUCGUACAAUUCAUCAGAUGAAGUGAGUGAGUAUCUGGCGGAGUACACGUUGGAAGGGAAAUGGCAGAAGGUUGUGAACAUGUACAACCGAUUCCAAGCGUGUCACACGGCAAUGAUUAACCAUUCCGUGGGCACUGCACUGCAUGUGGCGGUGGAUUUGGACGAAGAAGAGGUGGUUGAAAAGCUUGUGAAUGCCAUUAUCAGACACAAGACGAUGAAGGCUCUGGAAAUGGAGAACGAUCGAGGGGAUACCCCUCUGCAUGUUGCGGCUUCAAGGGGUUUCGCAAAGAUAUGUAAGUGGAUCAUAGGAACCAACAAGGAGAGGAUUUACUUGGUGAGUCGAAAAAACAAACAUGGAGAGACACCACUCUUUGAAGCUGCUAUCAACUGGAAGAAACAGGCCUUUGCUUAUCUUUCUAACCUUUCUGACCACAGUGCUCCAUUGCAAGAUCUUGUGCGACACAAUGGUGACACUAUUCUUCAUUGUGCUAUCAGAAGAGAGUAUUUCGAUUUGGCUGUGAUAAUAAUGCAUUACUAUGAUUUCCUUAGCACACAUAAGAAUAAAGAGGGUUUCACUCCUCUCAAACUCCUUGCAACCAGAUCCUCGGCUUUCAGAAGUGCUACCAACCUGUCAUGGUGGAAGCGAAUUCUGUACCACUGUAUACUUGUAGAACCACUGGACCCUGAAAAACAAAUGAAGGCGAAUCUGGGAAAGAUAAGGGAGAAUCCCAAGUCUGAUCAAGAGGAAUAUCCAAAGAACUAUGCCACAUUACAUGAUUUCUUUGCUCGAUCGUUUAAUGUUGCUGCUCUAUUUGGGAAAAUGCCGACGAGAAAGAAUAAGCACGACUCAGAAAACCCAUCAUCCAAAAAGUGUACCAUUGAAUUGGGAACUCCCAAGGUUGGAUUUUUGCCACCAAAUUAUGAAACCUCUCAACAAUUUGUUAGGUCUGCAUAUGUACAUACUCUUGGCCUCUCAGGAGUGGAAUUAAAGGAAAUAAAAAAGACAAAGAAGAGGCAUCAAUGGAGCGGUCAACUCUUGAAGGCACUGUUGGAAAGACCUUACGCAGCAUUUACAGGAAGUGGAGGUGUCCCAACGGAUAUGAAAGUUGAAACUGAUAUGUAUAAUGUAUACAACGAAUAUAAACAAGUUGGAACCAGUGAAUUAGGAUGGUUGGAAGAAGAAGAAGAAGAAGAAAAUAAAACAGAUGUUGAAGAGAAAAAGGGUGUUGAUCGCAGUGAGAGCAUGAAGAAGGAAUCGGAUCAGCUAGCUGAAGAAGAAAAAAAGAUUGACAAAAAAGAGACAGCAUUUUUGGUUGCAGCAAGAAAUGGCAUAGUUGAAAUGGUGGAUGAAAUGUUAAAUCGAAUUCCAAGUGUGAUCCAUAACACCAACUCAAAGAAAGAAAAUGUGCUGCUUGUGGCUGUGCUGAAUCGGCAACCCCUUGUUGUUGAGAGUUUGAAAACGAAGAUGCAGUCAAAACUAGAAGUUUGGAAUAACUUAACUCUGACAGUAGAUGAAGAUGAGAACACGAUGUUACACUUGGCAGCAUAUGCUCCUGGCGGCGAUAAACCUUGGCAGAUAGCUGGUUCUGCCUUACAAAUGGUGUGGGACAUAAAGUGGUUUCAGUAUAUUAAAAGCCUUGUGCCACAACACUUUUACUUUAGAAGCGACAAGAAGGGAAAAACCGCAGGGGAAAUCUUCGAGGAAACGCAUAAAAAACUGAUAAAGGAAAGUGGGGAGUGGCUGAAGGAUACGUCUGAAUCUUGUUCUGUGGUGGCUGCACUUGUUGCUGGUGUUUCCUUCACUGCAGCCAAUACCGUCCCUGGUGGCACCAACGAAGAAGGUAGGCCUAAUUUAGAAGGAAAGCCUGCAUUCGAUGCAUUCGCCAUUGCUUCGCUCGUUGGACUUUGCUUUUCCGUCACUGGUCUCAUAAUGUUCCUCACCAUCCUCACUUCUCGAAAGCAAGCCAAAGAUUUUCGCAGAGAUUUGCCACUCAAGCUUCUUCUUGGCUUGAGUUCUCUUUUCGUAUCCAUUGCUGCAAUGUUUGUUUCUUUCUGCACGGGCCAUUUUUUUCUGCUUAGUCAUGGAUACAAGACGGUCCUAUACCCCAUUUAUGCAGCCACUGUUUUCCCUGUCACUUUCUAUGCUGUGGCACAGUUUCCUCUAUACUUCGAUCUUCUAACGGCCAUUUUAACGACUGUUCCACGAUCAAGUGAUAGAGGAGACAAGUUGUAGGACCUAAUUAACCUAAGCUCUGUCAUAUCAUUGCAGUGUGGCAUUUUGUGUAUUUGUCAUACAAAUCCUUUUUGGUUUGUCGAUUUUGCUUUUUGUGUCAUCAAUUAUGUGUAAAAUAAUGUGAGCUACGGAAGAAACUUCUGAAUUGUAGCAAAGUUGUGUUGGUUGUGCAAUACAGUUUGCGAUUUUGGAGAAAUGUUUCUGGACAUUAAUUCUUGG